AAGAAAUUCGUGGUCAUGCUGUGUUCUCUCCUCACCUCCAUGUACCUCCUCCACUGCCUCACGGACCACUGUAGCAGCAUGCCCACUCCGGUGAAAGCCUCCAGCCAAGUCGUGGGCUUUUUCGCAUCGGAACUACAAGACUUGAAGUCGCUGAGGAGGAAAAGACUGUUAAAGAAAUGGACCACGGAGUCCAAGGCGCGCUUGAGCUACGAGAGCGCUGACGACACUAAACGGAUCUCUGAGGACUCCCGGUUCGACGAUACUGAUAAGGGACAGGUUUUGUACGAACCGGGACCUCAGGUGGACAGCGAUAGCGAGAACCGGGAAUUGUCGCGUGAUAUACAGCUUUCUUUGGAUGACAUCAUUUCUUCGAAGAGAUUGUCACAUCGGUUUAAAGUGAAGACGGGAAGUACUGGUAAACUCAGUCCGCUUGGGGAAGGGAGAAAGGAGCUUCCCCAGGCGCUGAUCAUCGGGGUGAAGAAAGGAGGGACGCGCGCGCUACUCGAGUUCCUCCGCGUACACCCAGACCUCAGAGCGGUGGGAGCCGAGCCGCACUUCUUCGACCGUAACUACGAGAACGGACUGGAGUGGUACAGGGAGCUGAUGCCCAAGACCCUGGAGGGCCAGAUCACCAUGGAGAAGACCCCCAGCUACUUUGUGACCAGAGAGGCCCCAGCCCGGAURMCCGURAUGUCCCGGGACACCAAGCUGAUCGUGGUUGUGAGGGACCCCAUAACCAGGGCCAUCUCUGACUACACACAGACGCUGUCCAAGAACCCAGACAUUCCCACCUUCGAGAGCCUGACCUUCAAAAACAGGACWACGGGGCUCAURGACACYUCKUGGAGCGCCAUCCAGAUCGGRAUCUAUGCCAAGCACCUGGACAACUGGCUYKAGUACUUCCCCAUGGYCCAGAURCUGUURGUGAGUGGGGAGCGUCUGAUCAGCGACCCGGCCGGAGAGCUGGGCCGGGUGCAGGACUUCCUGGGACUCAAGAGGAUCAUCACAGACAAACACUUCUACUUCAACCAGACCAAGGGCUUCCCCUGCCUCAAGAAGGCUGAGGGCAGCAGCAAGCCCCACUGCCUGGGCAAAACCAAAGGGCGGACCCACCCCAACAUCCACCCAGAGGUGGUGCAGAGGCUACGGGACUUCUACAGGCCUUUCAACAUGAAGUUCUACCAGAUGACGGGACAUAUGUUUGGUUGGGACGACUGAUUUUGCCUUGGCGGA